AUGAAGUUCGAAAUUCUAGUGAUAGCAUUUUUUAGCUUAUUGGGGGCAUGUAGCUGUAAUGCAAAAAUCAUCAACUGCUACUUUGGCACCUGGUCCAAUUAUCGUCCCGGUUUGGGUCAAUUUGAACCGGAACAUAUCAAUGCGAAUUUAUGUACCCAUUUGAGUUAUUCAUUCUUUGGCAUAACGGAGGUGGGAGAAUUUCGCAUGUUGGAUGCAUGGCUCGAUAUGGAUUUAAAUUUCAUUAAACGUACAAUGGCUUUGAAGCACGACAAUUCAAAUCUUAAAGUUUUGGCAGCAAUUGGUGGCUGGAAUGAAGGUUCUAUAAAAUAUUCCCAAAUGGCAGGUGAUCCAGCAAAACGUAAACGAUUUAUUCAAUCAACAGUGGAUUUCGUACGCCAACAUGGUUUUGAUGGCAUCGACUUGGAUUGGGAAUAUCCCGGCCAAAGGGGUGGCUCGAUGGAUGACAAGCAUAAUUUUGUUGUACUUUUAAGGGAAUUAAAAGAAAGCUUCACACCUUUAAAUCUGGAACUGAGCAUUGCAGUAGGUGCAUCCGCCUACACCGCUUCCACCUCCUAUGAUAUACCAAAUAUUGCAAAAUAUGUGGAUUUUAUCAACGUUAUGACCUAUGAUUUGGGCAUGGCUUCGGAUGGUGUAUUGGGUUCCAAUGCACCCCUUAGAGGACAGGGUGACAACAAUGUUGAAAACUGUAUUGGAUAUUGGUUGCAAAAUGGUGCCCCUGCAUCCAAAUUGGUUUUAGGCUUGGCAUUUUAUGGCCGAACCUUCCAACUGGCAAAUAACAAACUAACCACACCCGGUUCACCUUCUUCUGGUGCAGGAGCGCCAGGUCCCUAUACACGUGAAUCGGGUUUUAUGGGUUACAAUGAGAUAUGCACCCUACAAACUGCCGGUGUUUGGACCACGGUAUUUAAUGCCGAACAUGGUGUACCAUAUACAUAUAAUGACAAUCAAUGGAUUGGUUAUGAUAAUGUCCAAAGUCUGGAAUUGAAAUUGAAUUAUAUGAGAAGCUUAAAUCUAGCCGGCGUUAUGUUAUGGUCCAUAGAGACAGAUGAUUUUCGGGGAGAAUGCGGAGGUGAACAAUAUCCUUUGCUAAAUACAAUAAAUCGUAAAAUUGGAAUGGGCAUGGAAGGCCAAGAGAAUUCAACAACAGGAUCUGCGACUUCAACAACAACCACCACCAUGAAGCCUGUGGUGACCUCAACUACACCUGGAGGACCCCCACCAUCUACACCAGAAAAUUUGUGUUCGGAAGAUGGUUAUUUUACCCACGAAUAUGAUUGCAAUCGUUUCUAUCAGUGUGUUGGUGGUAAACGUCAUGAUUUUAUUUGUCCACCCGAUUUACAUUUCGACAUGAAUUCGAUGGCCUGUAAUUGGCCUUCCCUGGCUAAUUGUGGAUAUUAG